UUAUUUUAUAAACUACCAAAUCGUACGUCGCUCGGUCGUCCUUCGGAGGACAUUGGAAAAAAUUAACGACUAAAAAUAUAUAUAUAUAUAUAAUCAAGAACACUCUGGGAAGAAGUUGUUCAUGACGUCAGUGGAAGUCUUGGCAGAAAGAACGUAACGAGAACGGUAUAAAUACCUCCCGAAAUCUUGUUUCCUGUCACAUUCGUAUCAGAUCUUUUGUUGUACUUAAGUGUACUUCAGUGUUUUAUAUUAAUUAUAAUACUUAAAUUAAACAUGGACUUGAAAAUAUUUAUCCUUGUUCUUAUGUGCGCUGGCAUUGGAUUUGCCCAAGAAAAACUUUACUCAGACAAAUAUGAUUACAUUGAUGUGGACGGAAUUUUGAACAACGCGAGACAGCGGGAAUCUUAUUACAAAUGUUUCGCGGGAACUGGGCCUUGUAUAACAGCAGACGCUAAAUUUUUCCGAGAUCACUUUCCCGAAGCAAUUGUGACGAACUGUCGAAGAUGCACCAAAAAACAGUUGGCUAGUUUCGAUAAAAUAACAGAUUGGUACACUACACAUGAGCUGGACAAAUACAAUGCUCUCGUUGCCAUGGCAAUUAAAAAAUACUCGAAAAAUUAG